AUGGCUCCCGCAGCUAUUCCUGAUAAUCAUCAACUUCAUGUAUUUCUGUUCCCGGUCAUGGCUCAAAGUCUCAUGAUUCCGAUGGUAGAUGUUGCAAGACUAUUUGCUGCUCGUGGUCUUAAAUCCACUAUAAUCACUACUCCUCUUAAUGCAAUGAGUGUUUCUAAAUCAGUGGAACGCGAUAGAUUAUCUGGUCUCAAUAUCAAUGUGCAAAUCAUUCCGUUUCCUGGCGUUGAGGCAGGUUUACCAGAAGGAAUUGAAUGUCUUAAUGAGAUUACUUCACCUGAAAUGAUGCCUAAAUUUUUCAGGGCUAUGGAUAUGGUUCAAGAACCAUUUGAGAAGCUCUUGGAAGAACAUCGCCCAGAUUUUGUAGUCGCGGACAAGAUAGAGAUGAGCACGGCACAGAUACCUAGCCAUUCCGAAAGUAGCAAUUUUGUUUUCGAGAUGCAAAAGAAAAUAAGCGAAUUCGAGGUAAACAGCAAAGGGAUCUUAGUUAACAGCUUCUAUGAGUUGGAGCCAGCUUACGCCGAGCAUUACAAAAUUGUCUUGGGAAGAAAAGCAUGGCAUAUUGGCCCCAUUUCGUUUCUAAAUGAGCAUGCCGCUGAUAAGGCUCAAAGAGGAAAGAAAUCGGCAAUUGAUGAACAAUAUUUCAGGUUGUUCAUUCAUUUGGUUGUAAGGAAAAUAAAGAAGGUCGAUGAAGAUAGAUUUUUACCAACAGGUUUUGAGGAGAGAGUAAAAGGAAGGGGUCUCAUAAUCAGAGACUGGGCACCGCAGCUAUUAAUCCUCGACCAUCAAGCGGUUGGUGGAUUCAUGACUCAUUGUGGAUGGAACUCUUUGUUAGAAAGUAUAAGUGCAGGGGUUCUUAUGAUAACUUGGCCUAUGUUUACUGACCAGUUCUAUAACGAGAUAUUUAUCACUCAAGUCAUUAAGAUUGGAACUCUAUUAGGACCCAAAGAGCACAAUUGGUUAGACUCGAAAAAUGUGUCGUUGGUGAAGAACGACAAGAUAGAAAUGGUGGUCAGCUGGUUGAUGGGUGAUGGGGAAGACGCUAAAAACAUGAGAAAGAGAGCAAAAGAAAUCAGUGAAAUGGCCAAGAAAUCUGUUGAAGAAGGUGGUUCGUCUUAUGCCGACUUGACUAGUUUGAUUGAGGAGAUGAGAAUCUACACUAAGAAAUAAUCUAACAUUUCACAGGAAGAUCACAUUUCUCGCGGAAUACUGUUGUUGAUCACGUUUUUUUUCUUUUUUUCUUUUUGUCUCUGUGCGUUUUAAUCUUUUUAUUCUCUUUAUUUCUCCUUUCCAUCG